AUGUUUCCCAAAGCUGAGAUAUUGGUGGAAUUGGUGACCAGUUCGGACCAUGCUCUUCUUCGGAUGAAUCUGCACGAGACUGGGGCAAGAGUAUAUGGGCAUUGUGGUUUCCGGUAUGAAGCACAACGAGAACUUGAUAAGAAAUGCUGUGAGGUGAAAGGGGAAAACAAAAAUGAUAUCCUUCUAUUGGAGAGACGCUUGGUGAGUUUACAUGGGGCAGAAGGAAUGCCAGCAGUGGUGGAGAUUGCACGUCUGAAACAGGAACUACAACUUUUGUUGGAUCAGGAGGACUUAAAGUGGAAACAAAGGGUGAAAACAGAUUGGCUCAAACAUGGAGAUCGCAAUACAAAGUUCCACCAUGCGUGUGCAAACCAACGAAGAAAAUCCAACCAAAUCCUGGCCAUAAAAAAUGCAGACAGCAAUCUGUGGGAGACCCAAGAAAACGUGGGAAAGAUAUUUGUUGACUAUUUUAUGGGCCUUUUCACUGCAAGCCGAGAAGGAGAAGUCGACCCAUGUUUAGCUUUUAUUGAGAAGAGAGUCAUGGAUGAAAUGAAUGAGCAACUCUUGAAGGAUUUUACAAUGGAGGUGGUUUGUCAUGCCCUUCACCAAAUGGCACCUUUUAAAGCUUCGGGCCCUAACGGAUUGGUAGCCGUUUUUUUUCUUCAGAAAAAUUGGGUUACUGUGGGAGAGGAGGUAAUCAUGCCACAUAUCAUAUCAUCAACCCAAAGUGCUUUUAUCCCUGGACGUCUUAUUAUUGAUAAUGUCUUGGCUGCUUAUGAAACUCUCCAUACAAUGCACUCUCGUAUGUGGGGAAAAAAUGAGUUUAUGGCUAUUAAAUUGGAUAUGAGAAAGGCGUAUGACAGGGUGGAAUGGAGAUUGUUAGAAACAGUCAUGCUACGGAUGGGUUUUAAUUCGAGAUGGAUCCACCUUAUCAUGAUGUGUGUGUCUACGGCUCAAUAUGCGGUCCUAGUGAAUGGUUCCCCGAAAGGGAAGAUUUAUACAUCACGUGGAUUAAGACAGAGUGACCCGUUAUCUCCUUAUCUUUUUCUCCUUUGUGCAGAAGUUCUAAGUUCCAUGAUAUCACAAGCUAAUCUUAAAGGUGUUUUGACUAGGGUGCCUACAUCCAAAAAGGGCCCUUAG